UAGCUCACUUAACCUCUCCCGCUGGCGUGGUUACCAUAGGAACGAGGAAAGCCGAUCUGAGGAUUACAGCAGACGGUCCAAGCAGUUUGAUUAGCACAGCCUAAAAUCAGUAGUAACAAGCAUUUAAUAUCAGAUAUCAAAUAACAAAACCGUCAUGUCAUCUGUUUCCCAGGAGCUGAAAGACACUUCAGUGGCGAGCUCCAAAUGGCUUGAUGCUCACUAUGACCCAGUCGCCAAUCUUUACACCUUCUCCUCCUGCAUUGCUCUUUCAGAUUUGCAUGGAGAUGGUGAGAAUAAGCUGGUGGUGGGUGAUCUUGGCACAGGAGUGUGUAACAUGAAGCUAAAGGUGUACCGUGGCACUGGUCUUUUGAGUGAGAGCACCCUGCUGGACCUGCCCACUGGCAUGGUCUCCUUUCUCAUGGACCUGCACGAGCCACGAACGCCGGCCAUCGCUGUGGCCUCCGGUCCCUUCAUCUACGUCUACAAGAACCUGAGGCCCUAUUUCAAGUUCACGCUGCCUAGUCUGGAGGUGAACCCUCUGGAGCAGGAUGUCUGGAGUCAGGCCAAGGAGGACAUGAUUGAUCCAAUGACGCUCAAGGAGAUGUUAGAAGGUUUAAGGGAUAAAGCAGAAAUUCCACUCUCUGUCAGAUCACUACGGUUCCUCAUGCUUGAGCCACAGGAAAUGGAGAAUUUCGUUCUUCUUCAUAAAGAACAGCCCAUACGUAGACAGACGGUCAUUACCUGUAUAGGGACGCUGAAGAAGAACAUGGCGGAUGAGGAUGCCGUCAGCUGCCUGGUGAUUGGCACAGAGAACGGUGAUGUUUACAUAUUAGACCCAGAGGCCUUUACCAUCCUCUACAAGAUGUCACUUCCCAGUACACCUACCUUGAUGGACGUGACGGGACAGUUUGAUGUGGAGUUCCGGAUCACUGUGGCAUGUCGCAACGGCAACAUCUAUAUACUACGCAGGGAUUCUCCGAAGCCUAAGUACUGCAUUGAGCUGUCCUCUCACCCAGUGGGACUGGUGAGGAUUGGAAAGAAUGUAGUUGUAGGAUGUUCUCAUGAGGCGCUGCACGGUUACACUCAAAAGGGGAAAAAGCUGUGGACCGCUUAUUUGCCAGCCCCCGUGACCACCAUGGCGCUGAUGGACCUUCCCACACGAGGUUUCCAGGCUGUGCUGGUGGGUCUGGCCAACUGUGAAGUACACAUGUACCGAGACAAAAAUCUCGUCAGCACCAUCAAGACACCAGAUGUAGUGACAAGCAUUUGUUUCGGACGUUACGGACGGGAAGACGGCACACUCAUAAUGACCACCAAAGGAGGAGGUUUGAUCGUGAAGAUCCUCAAGAGGACGGCUGUGUUUGAAGACAGGGACUCGGCCCCUGGACCUCCAAUAGCCCAGAGCAUUCGUCUCAAUGUGCCCAAGAAGACCAAGCUGUACGUGGACCAGACCUUGAGAGAGCGCGAAAAUGCUGUGGCCAUGCACCGAGCUUUUCAGAUGGACCUGAGCAGGCUGCGUCUCGCUGCAGCGCGGGCCUAUGUCAAAGCUCUGGAGUCCAGCCUCACGCCCAUGUCAGCGAGUCUGACCGAGCCGCUCAAGAUGAAUGCGGUGGUUCAAGGGUUGGGCCCAUCCUUCAAGCUCACGCUGAACAUCCAGAACACUGCAGCGUGCCGUCCGGUCAUGAACCUGGCCAUCAGUUUUCUGUACGAUGAAAAUCUGUAUAGCAUGAAGACGGCAUUUUUCAAGAUCCCCUUACUGGUUCCAGGGCUGAAUUACCCCAUUGACACUUUUGUGGAGUGCUUGAGUGACAAAGGCAUCUCUGACAUCAUCAAAGUGUUUGUGCUGAGGGAAGGAAAGAGUGCUCCUCUCCUCACCGCCCACAUCAACAUGCCUGUGAGUGAAGGACUUGCACUGAACUGAGAGCCAAUCAGCAGAGCCGAGCGCUCUUGCUGUGCUCCUAGCAGCAGUUAGGCUUCUCCCCAGAGCUGCCUGGAACAGACAGCUUUUCAUCACAGGAGUUAAGAGAAGCUUGCGCUGGCCAUAGGGCCGGUGCUUCCUGUAGCUUAGACCAUGACUGAGGGAGGCGUGUCCUCACAGGCAACACCUCUGUACCUUUUAAUGGCUAGUGACUGGAGCGUUUGAUUGACAGCUGAAGGCCUAGCACUCCAUAGGUCAUAGAGUUUGGAUGUAAGAGACGUUUCUGAUGUUUACUUGUGGUAGUUAUAUGUAAAAACAUAUUUAUUCUUGAUGUAAUGAUCACACACUUUACAAUGCAAUUGUGAGGCUUUAUUUUAAUACAUAUUGAGAAUCAUUGCAUAAACAGUUUGUCUAAG